AGAGAUUCAGGGUGGACAAAACAUGGGUUACGGCUACUUGGCGGUGUGGUUCUUGUUGCUGUGCAUUAUCCUGCAAGGUUUAGCAAAUGGGGUGGUAGCUGCAGGCGGCCUGGCUUGCAACUGGGGAACGCGUUCAACGCACCCACUCCCACCGACCAUAGUGGUCAAGCUCCUAAAAGACAACGGAUUCAGCAAAGUGAAGCUCUUUGAAGCGGAUCCAGGGGCACUCAAAGCUCUUGGGAAAUCGGGUAUCCAGGUUAUGCUUGGGAUACCCAACGAGUUCUUAGCUCCCCUUGCAAGCAGCGUCGGAGUUGCCGAGAAUUGGGUAACCAAAAAUGUCUCGUCUUUCAUAUCAAAAUAUGGGACUGAUAUAAGAUAUGUAGCCGUGGGUAAUGAACCUUUCCUCAAGACUUACAAAGACACUUUCACGCAAACCUUAUUUCCGGCGCUUAAAAAUAUCCAAGCAGCUCUUAUAAAAGCCGGCUUAGGCCGACAAGUGAAGGUAACCGUCCCAAUAAACGCUGACGUGUACCAGACCGACACUAGUCUCCCCUCCGGCGGCGACUUCCGGUCCGAUAUCCACGCUCUCAUGAUGUCCAUCGUCAAGUUCCUCAGCGACAAUGGCGGUCCGCUCACCAUCAACAUCUACCCAUUCCUCAGCCUCUACGCCGACCCCCAUUUCCCCAUAGACUACGCCUUCUUCAAUGGCACCGCCGCUCCAAUCGUCGAUGGCUCCAUCUCUUACACCAACGUCUUGGACGCAAACUUCGACACCCUCAUUGCAGCUCUUGAAAAGAAUGGUUUCUCGUCAUUGCCCGUCAUCAUCGGCGAGGUCGGAUGGCCGACGGACGGCGACACCAACGCUAAUACAGAGUACGCACGGAGAUUCAAUCAAGGCCUAUUGAAUCGCAUAAUUCAAGGCCAAGGCACCCCAAAGCGGCCUACUCCGCCUGACAUUUACCUCUUUGCCCUCACAGAUGAGGAUGCCAAGAGCAUCGACCCGGGGAAUUUCGAGCGCCAUUGGGGAAUCUUCUCUUACGAUGGAAGCAUCAAAUACUCAUUGGAUAUGGGAAACGGACGAAGCCUUGUUGCAGCAAAAGGAGUCAAGUAUUUGGCGAGGGAGUGGUGUGUGAUGUCACCUCAGGCAACUAUUUCAGACCCCAAUUUGGCGCAGAACAUAAAUUACGCAUGUAGUUAUGCUGAUUGCACAAGUCUUGGAUAUGGAUCCAGCUGCGGGAGGUUGGAUGCGGGGAGCAAUGCUUCUUAUGCUUUUAACAUGUACUACCAGACCAUGGAUCAGAGAAAAGGUGCAUGCAAUUUUUCCGGUUUAUCAGUUACUACGAAAACAGAUCCUUCUCGGGAUACGUGCCGGUUCGAGAUCAUGAUCGACCUGACGGGGAAGCACGAGCUGCCGGCUCCUACCCCUUCACCGGCUGUUGGAAGAAACCAAAAUUCACUACCGCUCGUGUGGGUUCUUGGGAUCAUAUUAAUCAUUUGUGGAUCCUCGUGAUCAAGAAAAUCAUAUACAUUUGAUUCAUUGUUUGAUAAAAGCAUCCAUCAUUCCUUGUUUCUUGUUGAACAAAUACCAACACGAUUCUGUGGAUUCAUUUCAUUUCUGUCAAACUU